CAGAAGCUUUUUUUUCUUUGAGAGACAUUGUAACGUGCUUUUAGAAUCACAGUUUAAAAUGCUUAAUAUGUACAAAUACGAGUUGUUGGUUUUUUUAAUCGAAGUCUGAGAGGUUUCGUAAGCGUUCGUUUUAAUCAUUUUGUAACAGCGGUUACGGAAAGUUUUGUAACCCGCAAACAAAGAGUUUGAAUUUCCCGCAAUCGUGUAGGGGUCACGUGAGCACUUCUCUGGACCUGAUUGGCUCGGUCCCUCCCGACUGUUUAAAGGGACUCCUCGUAUUGGCCAGAAGUUCGAGCGCCAAGAUUCCAAUAAAAGGGCGAGCUGGCAGCAGAAGCCCUUCACUGUCUCCGUCUGUCCGCUGCUACUUGCUUUGCUUUCCGCUCUUUUUAGCUUCUUAGUUUUUUUUCUUUUCUUUGUAUCCUUUCGAACCCGAAAAGUCACGAUGCUGUCCGCCCGCUCCCCGCUCUCCAUGAAGAACGAGCAGACCCUCAGCGGGCAGCUGGACAAAAUAUCUCUGGACAAAGAGAACACGCCCCCGGGCCUGAACAGCAGCCGCAUCCUGGCGUCCAAAACCGCGCGGAGGAUCUUCGACGCUGCUGCGCCCAAAGUGAAAAAGAGCAGCAGCUCGCAGGAGGAGGAGCCUCUGCUGAAGGAGAACCCUCGCCGCUUCGUCAUCUUCCCCAUCAAAUACCAUGACAUCUGGCAGAUGUACAAGAAGGCAGAGGCAUCCUUUUGGACAGCGGAGGAGGUGGAUCUGUCCAAGGACCUGCAGCACUGGGAGGCCCUGAAGGACGAAGAGCGCUACUUCAUCUCCCACGUGUUGGCCUUCUUCGCCGCCAGUGACGGCAUCGUCAACGAGAACCUGGUGGAGCGCUUCAUGCAGGAAGUGCAGGUGACGGAAGCCCGGUGUUUCUACGGUUUCCAGAUCGCCAUGGAGAACAUCCACUCAGAGAUGUACAGCCUGCUGAUCGACACGUACAUCAAGGACCCCAAAGAGAGAGAGUACCUGUUUAACGCCAUCGAGACCCUGCCGUGCGUGAAGAAGAAGGCCGACUGGGCGCUCAACUGGAUCGGCAACAAGAACGCCACCUAUGGAGAGCGCGUGGUGGCCUUUGCCGCCGUGGAGGGGAUCUUCUUCUCGGGCUCGUUCGCCGCCAUCUUCUGGCUGAAGAAAAGAGGCCUGAUGCCCGGCCUGACCUUCUCCAACGAGCUCAUCAGCAGAGACGAGGGUCUGCACUGUGACUUUGCCUGUCUGAUGUUCAAACACCUGCUGAACAAACCGCCCAAGGAAACUGUCAUCAGCAUCAUCAAGAACGCCGUGGAGAUCGAGCAGGAGUUCCUGACUGACGCUCUGCCCGUGAAGCUCAUCGGGAUGAACUGCGACAUGAUGAAGCAGUACAUCGAGUUCGUGGCCGACAGACUGCUGCUGGAGCUCGGCUUCUCCAAGAUCUACCGGGUGGAGAACCCUUUUGACUUCAUGGAGAACAUCUCCCUGGAGGGAAAGACCAACUUCUUUGAGAAGCGGGUGGGCGAGUACCAGAGGAUGGGCGUGAUGGCGGCGCCCACGGACAACACCUUCAGGUUGGACGCCGAUUUCUGAUGCUGGAGCGUCCCUGCCAUCACACUACCUCCGUCCCGGUGCAUGCUGGGACAGACUCUUGGACUUUAAGGGUCAAAUGAUGAUCUCAAACUUUAUUUACAGACUUGCGAGUCUGCGAGCCACAGCAUUAGACCUGAUCAGAUCUAAAGCUGCGGCUCAGUGCUGUGUAAAUAUGUCAGGAUUUUUAAAUGUGUACAGUUUACUUUUUUUGUAGUGUGUGUUUUUUUGUUUGUUUUGUUUUUUUUAAAUACUGAGCUUUAAUAAAUGACUCGGUGAACAGGAA